AUGAACGUGUCCGAUUUAGUCUCUACCGGGACCCCACAGAGCACCGGGAGCUCGCCUCCAGCUUCCUCGCCAGGUGUGGCGGUGCCAAAGUUGACCAAGCGCACGAGCGUGGCAAACUUGAUGAACGAGAAGGACGUCGAUAUCAACGGUGUCGAGACGUUGAACCGGACGCGAAGCACCGGCGAAAAUAGGCCGUCCACGACCGAAGAGCGCGAAAGCGAAAGCGAAACCGAUGGCCAAAGCGAUGGUGAUAGUGACAACGGCAAAGCAGAAGACUCUGUGAGAGAGCCAAGUUCCCUUUCGGUCAAGCCGUCAAAGCCUCGGAGGUACCAGAACGUCCCAGUGUGGGCGCAGGAUUGGACGGCGCCUGGGGAUACGAAGCCAGCCACACACACGGCGAGGAAUGCCAACACGUUCUACGCGCCGUCCAUCACCGGGACGGUGCCGUACGAGGACCUCACGCGCCGCGUGUCGACGUGGGUCUACGCGGUGCUCCUCAAGUCGAUCCAGAAGUCUGACUACAAGUACAUCGAGCUUGAGUUCAAACUCGGACGCAUCAUUCACAAGGAGACGGACAAGCGGAUCUCGGUGCCCGUGACGACCGAGAGCGCCAUCAACCCCGACAACAAAGACUUUGUGUUUGUGCCCGGUGUCGAGCAGCACAUGUACCAGUCGUUGGGUAAGUUCAUUGAGGAUUUGAUGCAUCCGCACGACGCACAGCGCAAGGCGCAGAAGUUCAAGACGAUCGCACUGAGGAUCGUGGACUAUAGCUACAACGUGGGGGCGGCCAGGGAGAACCAAGGCAUCCCCAGACGGGUCAGAGUAUCGAAGGACAGCAAGACGGGGCGUGAGACGGCGAUUGAGAAACUCCGCAUCAGCGACUUGUGGCUCAGUUUGCCGAACGAGCUUGUGGACUUGAAGAUCUCGCUUUCGUUAGAAAAGCCAGUUGAGAAUGACGAUCAGUUGCAAAAGCUCCAGGCGACAAACCGGCCGGUGAAUAUCCGCAUUAAGGCCAGGGACUCGUACAUCCAUCCCGCAACGUGCUGCCAGAUCGACAUGACACGGAUUAUCGACGGAAAGGACAAGUUGAAGCCGCCGACGUUCGAAGUGGAGUGCGAGUUGAUGACGCCAGAGCUUUUGGACCGUCACCGGAAGUUGAUCCACGAGGCAGAGAAUGGGGUUGUGAAUGGGGACGCUGGGAUUGCGUACGAGGAGUUAAUCAGGUGUUUUGUGGAUAAUGGGAGAGCAAUUGCUCGACAGUUCCUGAGAUAA